UGUACCUCAAUUUCCCAUUAUUCUUCUUUAGCAAGAACCAUUCAUUUCUAUUUUCCUAACAAGUUACUUUUCUCUUUUUUUCUCUCCAACCUAUAGUAAGCACACUUCCCAACUCCCAAAAAAAGGAAAAAAACAACACCAUCUUAAAGAAUAAAAAGCUCUUGUUCAUAUUGCACAAAUUCAAGAAUCUUGACUAAUUGUUUUCUCCUCCUCCUCUUCCUCUUCAUCUUUUUCUUCAAGAAUCCUUUUUGCCCUUUUUGUUUUAGAUCCCAAAGAAAAAAGAAAAAACUUUUUAACUCCAUGUCUGAUAAUAACCCAUUUCAUCAUGAUUAUGCAUUUCCUUUCUUUGGUGAAAAUCCCUCAAUUUAUGAUCAUCAAGUAGAAAACACACAAAACCCUCAUCAAGAUUUUGAUUAUCCUUCAUCUUAUAUGAGUAGUCUCACAGAGUGUUUACAUGGGGGUUCAAUGGAUCAUUACAACUCUUUAUCAAGUGCUUUUGGCAUGAAUCAUCGUACAUCAUCUUCUGAAGUUGUUUGUCCACCACCAAUAGAUCAUCAUCAUCAUCAAGAACUUUCUAGAAAAAAUAGUGUUGAUCAUCAUCAUCAAAUUCCAUUGACACCUAACUCUUUAAUCUCUUCAUCAUCUAAUAGUGAGCCUGGAUGUCAUGAAGAAGAUUCUUCAAAAAUCAAGAAAGAUGAUCAGUGUGAAGAUGGAGGUGAUGAUGACAAGUCUAAGAAAGUGAACAAAGCAAAGAAGAAAGGAGAAAAGAAGCAAAAGGAACCAAGAUUUGCAUUUAUGACCAAGAGUGAGAUUGAUAAUCUUGAAGAUGGCUAUAGAUGGAGAAAAUAUGGACAAAAGGCAGUGAAGAAUAGCCCUUUUCCAAGGAGUUAUUAUAGGUGCACAAGUCAAAAGUGCAGUGUGAAGAAACGUGUGGAAAGAUCAUAUCAAGACCCAUCAAUCGUGAUCACUACAUAUGAAGGCCAACAUAACCAUCAUUGUCCAGCAACCCUUAGAGGCAAUGCUGCUGCUGCUUUGUUAUCACCAGCUUCAUUCUUAUCCUCCUCACAACAACAAUUAUUUCACAAUCCAAGUGAACAACAACUUUUCUAUAAUCCAAAUCUCCCUAUUAAUAAUUCUUUCUACAAUAAUUAUCAUCAACAUCAACACCAAAUGCAGCCACAAUUAGGUCCUGAUAAUUAUCAGUAUGGAGUAUUUCAAGAUAUGGUUGCAUCAUUGAUCCACAAAAGAGAGCCAUGAGAUUGAUGAGCAUUUAGUGAAGUACUAAAAGAAGUAAUGGGGCAUUUAAUGCAUUUCUAUGACAUAUGUAUUGGAGUGGUAAUAAUUAAUUUAUUAUGUUGAUGGUUUAUUCUUAUGUAAUUAAAAUUGUGUAGCUAACUAGAACUAUAUAUGUAGUCUAGUAUGUUACGUAACGGUCUUGGUGUAACGAUAAAGUUGUCCCUGUUGUAAUUUAUCAUGGGUUCGAAUAGUGAAAACAACUUCCAAUGUUUGCUUUAGUA